GCGUCCUUGAUUUCAACCUUAAGAAUAUUUGUUAACAUCAGCUGACGCUGCUCAACUUUCGAUAAAAUUUCUGCUUUGAGAAAUGGAGACACAGAUAAAGGAAAAGCAGGUGUCAAGGUCAUCCUGCCAACCAUGCGAGGCCCCCCUCCUGCUCAGGCUGUACAUGGGGAUAGAAACAGUCCUGGCGUUUUCAUUCGAUCUAACUGUUUUAAAAAAAGUAUGUAGUGCCACUUUGGCAUUUCUCGUUUCUUUUGCAGUCUUGGAUAAGGAUAGUGAGUAUUACUCAAAAAAUGAGGAUGCUAUGUUACGUACGAUGUUUCUGGGGUGCUCUAUGAUGUACUACGUGCACCUAGUACUAUUUGCCUCAUUAUCAACCAUGAUUAAAAGGUCGGAAAGAUAUUUGCCAAGGAACUUAAAGACUAAAGAAUUAAACGCAAACAACGAUGAAGCUAAAUGUGAUGGAAGCAGCGAAAGAAGAGCUUUCGACCUUAAACUGGAUAGCGUUAUUCGACACUAUGCCUGGAGGAAGCUGCUAGAACAAUCCAGCCACCUUGAAAGAUAUUGUCUGGAGAUGGAUAGGAAAGACUUUACCUGCAUAGUGGACUGGACAUCAGUGACUUUCAAGCACAAGGUCACCAAGUUUUCUCCAAAGGUCAAGGACGGAACUGUGAUCAAAACCUCCCAAGGAGACUUAUAAACAGGCAAAAAAUGGGUGACGCUUUGGUCUAGUUGUUAUGACAACCUAUCGAAAAUCAAGCAAAGUCCUAUUUUUAGAGGAUCACAAGGCACGACAUCCUGGAUGGACGUGGAUCUCGAACGUUGCUACACAAUCAACAAAGAGGUGGGUGUCCACUUUAACCUCCAUCAAGCCUCAUAUAUUUUUAACGCCGAAAAUAACGUAAGUCUCAACAAGGUCAAAGGUCAAGUGUUCCAAGAGACUCUCGCCUGGGAGAUAGACACGGAGGUUGAAGUUGAGCCAUCGUCUCGAGCCCAUGCUCAGCUGUUAGCGAGACAAGAGUGCUCUGUCGUGGAGUUUGAGAUUCGAACCACUUUGUCGAUUCCUAAAGGUGUAGUCCCUGUUACCUUUAAACACAAAGACAGAGACGUGUCAUUUGUGUUAAACAUUGAAAACUUACAUGAGGCUUUUCAUCUUGUAGACGAGGGCGGAGUUCUUAGACAUGAAGAAAAAAGGUGUGUGGAGUUGAUUGAGGAGAAGUGGCUGGACAAAGAUGGCGUGGAGCAAUCUACCUCCCACCCACAGAUCAUCACCCGGGGCACCUGUGUCUGUCUUAACUGGACUGACCAGAGAGUGGACAUCAAGACCAGUCCAUUGUCAAUGGACGAGUCCACUUCUGAUGGGGACCACAACAUGAACAAGACGCCGGUCAACGACACUGAAGAAGACCCAGGCGUCGACCCAUUUGUUGUCGUCGAUUAG